AUGAGUAACACGUACCGACGCCUAGACCCGGCCAAGCAGGAGUUCCGUCUCCUCGAGGUGCAAGCCGCCCGCACACUCGAAGAGCCCGUGGAGUGUCGACUGAUCACCGCCCGCCUGACCGAUGACAUUGACUUUAUCGCCCUCUCGUCCCUCUACGGGGACAGGGAGGAGAUGGACAGAAUCUGGCUGAGCGGGCGAAGUGUAGCGGUGCCAAAGCACCUGGUCUCGGCACUGAAGCAUAUCAGGGCCGUCUUCUUCCCCACCGUCUCGAAGCGAUAUCAACGAAAACCAGCGAGGAAGCCGCAUGGAGCGCCGAGAUGGCUGCGGCAGCUGUUCGGGCUCUCGAGCCACAAACUUGAAGACGAGCCGCCACGCAGUCUUCGGAUCUGGAUGGACCUCUUGUGCGUCAACCAAAGAGACGAGGCCGAAAAAUCGAAACAGCGGACCGACAUGAAGGCCAUCUACCGCUCGGCCGAAUUGGUCGUUGGCUGGCUCGGCGACAAGCAUCCUCACACCGACGUCGCGAUGAACACGCUGGCCGAGAUAGAAGACGCAAUGCCCGCCAAAUGGGGCGAUCCUGGCGACAGGGAGAAGCAUCCAGAGGAUUAUGCGCCAACGCAUCGCUGGGCAGCAGGCAUUGCCCACAUCUGGACGGAUGCACCAAAAGGCAUGAUCCCCUUUCAGAUGCCACACUGGGUCGGAUGCAACGACUUUAUGGGGAGGCCGUACUUUCAACGACGGUGGAUCCUGGAGGAGAUUGCCAUGGCGAAAUAUCCUACUUUCUUGAUUGGGGACAACAUUGUUCCCUGGAAGCAAGUUCUACGGCUGAACAGGAUGAUGGAGGAAUUCAAGAACUACCCCUCCAAUGUCUUCCCAAGGGAAUAUGCCGACCUGAUCGCCGACCUGCCCCUCGAGACGGCGCACAAACUGCUCGACGAGUUUGCAAAGCGCGAAGCGCUGGAGGAGGCCAGGUUGCUGAAAGAAUGCGGGCAGUUUGAAAGCCGAGGAACCUCCUCGACACGUUCGCACGAUGGCUGA